AUGAAAGCCUUUCAAUUUCUCACCAAAGGCACCCGGUAUGACCAGCUGGAGCAGGACAAGGACGGUGAUCUCGAGAGUCCAGUUCCGCCUCCCCGGUCGAUCUUCUCAUAUCCUCUCGCACUCGCUAUUCACGCCCUACUAGCGGUUUUCUGGGUGUCUGCGUCAUGGUAUCUCAUGCACAGAGACACCUGCCGUCCUGGCUUACACGCCCUCGAGUUCGACGCCCAAACUGACAACCCAGGCCCUGUUGCAAGUUCCAUCGAGUAUCAGGACAUUGUCUUUAAGAUGAGUGGGAUGGGCACAAGAGAACAUCCUGUCACUGAAUACGAGGGACCCCCAACGCCAGAAAAUAACGUCAAGUGGUUUGAACUAUUGGAUGGUAGGGUUUAUCCACCUCUCUUCCUGUUCCCAGCUAAUAAAACAGCCGGUAUUAUCGCUCUCGAUGAUACAAUGUACCAAGCCCUAGGACAAGAAACAGAGCCCGCGUCUGACACAGACAGCACGCCGUUGAUUCAACUCGAAGUGUUCCACCAGCUUCACUGCCUGAACUCGUUACGUCGGUUGAUCUAUAACACGUCAACAUUUACCAAGGGCGUCAAUGCGGAGAUGCAUAUGGAUCACUGCAUCGACUAUCUCAGACAAAGCAUUAUGUGCCACAGCGACGUAACGCCGUUGGUACACAUCCCCCGUCCCGGUGGCUCACGGAAUAAUGGCACGGCCUGGAUCCCUAACUUCGCUGUCAAACAUACCUGUCGUGACUUUUGGAAGAUUCACGAGUGGGCCGCGCAGUAUAACACCUCUGGGUGGACGAUCGAAGGGUAUCCUAACCAGGGACUGGCUUUGGCGGAGUAG